UUCCAAACUCCCAAUCGAAGAGAUACAUUCAUUAGACAGCAACCAGAGUAAAUAAAACUUUGAAGCUUUAAUGGCGACAGUUGCAGGUUCGGAAGAGAAGUCAGAGUUUUCGUCAGGUGAUGACCUACAGAAGCCAUGGAUCGAAUACGCCGUUCAACAAGCUCAGCUCAUGCAGAAAACCCUCGAAGAAACUGUCGAUUCCGCCAUUCAAACAGCUGGUUCUCGUCUUUCUGAAAUUCGCUCUACAUCUUCUGCUCAUUUCCAUAUGACCCUAGAUAUUCUGCAAGAUAAGAAGUCCGAUUACCAUGCUUACGAAGACGAUUUCAUUGGGAAGAUCAAAGAGGGUAUUGUUCUUGCAGCCUCAAAUCCAAUGGUUACCUGUGGGGUCGCAGCUGGUGUGGGAUUUUUGACAUUGAAAAAGCCAAGGCUUAUCUUGUACCACAGAACACUACGCCUUUUUAUGAGUGAAGAGUCCUUGGUUUCCCGAGCUGAUGCCAAAGUUAAGGAGCUGAGGCAAUCUAUUGAACUUAUAAAGGCUGAAAGUGAGAAGUUGGAGAAGAGGGCUUUACAAGCAGAAGAGGAGAUGAGACGGGGAAGAACAAAACUUAGACAGGCAGGGAAUCAGAUCCAAGGUGUAAUUCGUUCGGCUUAUAAGAUUGAAAGACAAGCAAGAGGCUUGAAAGAUAUCCUUGAAGAACUUCCUAGCAGAGAGGCUUCUCGAUUUCGAUCACAGGUUUCUAAUCUUGCUUCUGAGGCAAAACGAGAAAGAAAGGUCUUGAUGAAAGAAGUCUCAAAAAUUAGUAACCAUGGAAUUUCAGUGUGAUUGCUCUCUUGUUUUCUAUUUUUUCUUGUGUAUUUGGAACUUUGAUUGUUACAAUUUUUUCUGGUACUCGAUUUUUAUUGUUACAAUUAUGCGGAUCUAAUAUGUAAAAGGAGAUGGAUUGUUCACAUCUUAGAGCAAUAGAAGACAAAAUUUUGUAA